UCAAAUAUCCUGAGAAACUUUAUUCAUCAAGUUAUCAAAACUAAUUCAGUCAUCCGAAAUUAAUAUAAUAGAAAUAACUUGAGGGUUUUCAAUUCGAAAUUAUUCAUCAUGUUCACUUAUAUGCGUGGUUUGGAUAAAGAGGAUUUCAAUUGUACAAAUCCAGCUAUAGAAGAAUUUCCAUCUGAUGGCCUAACAAAAGCAGAAAGAGCAGAAGGAUAUGUGGCCAUCCACGUCCUUCUUAGCAUUUACAUUUUCAUAGCCUUGGCAAUCGUUUGUGAUGAAUAUUUUGUACCAGCUGUCGAAAGACUAUGUCUAGCUUUGGAUAUGUCAACUGAUGUAGCUGGAGCAACAUUCAUGGCAGCAGCAACAUCAGCUCCAGAACUUUUUGUCAACAUAAUUGGAACAUUUAUCACUGAGGGUGAUCUUGGUAUUGGAACAAUAGUUGGAUCAGCUGUUUUCAACACUUUGGGUGUUGCAGCUGUUUGUGGUGUAGUUUCGGGAGUAACCAUUAAAUUAGAUUGGUGGCCUUUAACAAGAGACUGUUUUGUAUACGGAAUUACAGUCGGAUCUUUGAUUGUAAUUCUCUAUGAUGGAGUUGUUCAAUGGUAUGAAGCGUCGGCACUCGUAGGAUUUUAUUUCUUCUAUUUGCUGAUAAUGUACAAUGAUAAGAAUCUGCAAAGGCGUGUUAAAGCGAAUGCAACUUGCCAGAAAUUUCCAUGUUUUGAUAUGACCCUUGAUGAAAUUGCAAAAAGGGACUCACAAACUUCCAAGGCUGACGAAGACGAAGCUGAGGAUACUACUCAACAUUUGUGUAAACUUCCUAUCGGAAAAGGAUGUUGCUACGCUGCAUGUUGGAUAGUGCAAUAUCCAAUUUACUUAAUGUUUUAUCUCACAAUACCAGACUGCCGAGUACCAAAGCUGAGGAAACUGUACCCGUUAACAUUUUUAAUGUGUUGUUUUUGGAUUAGCGUUUUGUCGUAUGUCGUUGCAUGGAUGAUCACUGCUGUUGGUGACACAUUUAAUAUUCCGGAUUCAGUGAUGGGGAUAACAUUUUUAGCCGUCGGAACCAGUAUCCCUGAAGCAGUUUCUAGUGUUAUUGUUGCAAGGCGAGGAUAUGGAUCAAUGGCAAUUUGUAAUUCAAUUGGCUCAAAUACAUUUGAUAUUCUGGUCUGUCUUGGUUUCCCGUGGCUAAUAAAAACUGUGUUUUUCCCUUCUACACCGGGCAAUAAUUCAUUGGAUAUUAAUUCCCAGGGCUUGAUAUAUUCAACUGUUACUCUUUUAUCAUCAUUAUUUUUACUUUAUGCCUCAUUUGCGUGCACAAAAUUUAUUUUGGGAAAAACUGUUGGAUAUGCAUGUCUUUUCCUUUAUAUAGGUUUCGUAAUUUUUGCAAUUUUGAUGGAAAUGAACGUUUUCUUUGUGGUUAAUUUGCCUAUGUGUGAAGUCAAAUAAUUGCUUAUGUUUAUAUAUCAGAUAUGUUGAAUAAAAUUUGUUUCAAAAUUUGAUCAAGAAA